AUGGCAGGAGGAUCUUUCGUAGGAGAGAGUGGCCAUGGAGGAGGCUCCUACGAAGGCCGUGUAACCGCUUUUGUCGUGAUCACAUGCAUGUUGGCUGCAUUUGGCGGUCUCCUCUUCGGUUACGAUAUCGGUAUCUCAGGAGGAGUGACAUCAAUGGAUGAGUUUCUAACGAAAUUCUUCCCGGACGUGCUUCGCGAAAUGCAAAACAAAACAAGGCGUGAAACAGAGUACUGCAAAUACGACAACGAGCUCCUCACUCUCUUCACCUCCUCUCUCUACCUCGCCGCUCUCUUCUCCUCUUUCCUCGCUUCAUCCAUUACACGCCUCUUCGGCCGGAAACGCUCCAUGACGAUCGGAGCUCUCGCUUUCCUCACCGGAGCUCUUCUCAACGGUUUCGCUACCAACCUCGAGAUGUUAAUCAUCGGAAGGUUGCUUCUCGGUUUAGGCGUCGGAUUCGCUAACCAAUCUGUUCCUCUUUACCUCUCUGAGAUGGCUCCAGCCAACAUCAGAGGAGCUCUCAACAUUUGUUUCCAGCUAGCAAUCACCAUUGGCAUCUUAUCCGCGAAUCUUGUAAACUACGCAACCGUAAAGCUCGACAACGGCAUCGGAUGGAGAUUAUCUCUCGGUAUCGCCGGAGUUCCUGCUGUUAUCAUGCUCGUGGGAUCUUGUUUAUUACCGGAGACGCCGAACUCGAUCCUCGAACGUGGAGACAAAGAGGAAGCUAAAGCGAUGCUGCAGAGGAUCAGAGGAACAAUGGAUGUCGAGCAUGAGUUUACGGAUCUUUGCGCAGCGACUGAGGUCGCUAAGAGAGUUAAGCGUCCGUGGAUGAACAUAUUUCAAGAUCGGUAUAGACCGCAGCUCACGUUCUGCACUUUUAUCCCGUUCUUCCAGCAGCUGAGCGGGAUCAAUGUCAUCAUGUUCUAUGCGCCUGUCUUGUUUAAGACCAUCGGUUUUGACGCUGCUUUGAUCUCCGCAGUCAUCACCGGUCUUGUCAAUUUCCUCGCCACCAUCGUCUCCAUCUACUCAGUUGACAGAUUCGGACGCAGAGCUCUGUUUUUCGCAGGCGGUGCCCAGAUGAUGUUGACUCAGAUUGCGGUUGGUUCGAUGCUUGGAUGGAAGUUUGGAUUGAAAGGGGAAGGAGAGUUGUCACGGAUUGAUGCGGAUAUAAUCUUGGCGUUGAUAUGUCUCUAUGUGGCCGGUUUUGCUUGGUCAUGGGGACCGUUGGGAUGGUUAGUGCCGAGUGAGAUAUGUCCGUUGGAAGUUAGAUCGGCGGGACAAUCGUUGAACGUUUCGGUGAACAUGUUCUUCACGUUCAUAAUCGGACAGUUCUUCUUGACGAUGCUUUGCCACGUGAAGUUUGGUCUGUUCUACUUCUUUGCCGUCAUGGUCUUGAUCAUGACGAUUUUCAUCUACUUCUUGUUGCCGGAGACGAGAGGAGUUCCGAUUGAAGAGAUGGGGAGAGUGUGGAAGGAUCAUAGAUUCUGGGGGAAGUAUGCUCGUGAUGUUGAUGGUGAUGAUGAUGAUGCUGCUGAUAUUUGUAUUUUUAGUAGUUCAAGAACUUGUUAA